CGCGGUCCUAGUGCCCCGGCAAACAGUGCUUCUGUUCCCAACCUGGGAAUUGGAAGGCUAUUGCACUAUAAAGGAAAAUGUCUUUUUUUUCAAAAAUAUUGCUGCAACCAGAAGUUGAAGAAUACCUCGGGAACGUGUUUAGAAAUAAGGAGCUCAUAAGUGCUUUAGGCACUCUGGAAGCAGAGAGGAAAUAUGAAUCUCUGUUAAAUUGUCUGUCUCAUCCUCCAGCUUUCACAACUGUUAGAGUUAACACUCACUUGGCUUCAGUGAAACAAGUGAAAAAUCUGCUCUUUGAAGAGAUCCACAAGCAAUUUAAAGGUCUUAGUGUGCCAGUUCUUCAGCACCCAGAACUCCAGGACAUCUUACUCAUUCCUGUCAUUGGACCCAGGAAGGAUUUACAAAAGCAAUCACCUGAAGUCAUUGUUGGAGCCCAGUGUGGGAAUUCAGUGCUACGAGGAGCGCAUGUCUUUGUUCCAGGAAUCAUAUCUACUUCAAAAUUUAUGAAAGCUGGAGAUGUGGUCUCUGUAUACUCUGAUAUUGAAGGAAAGUGUAAAAGAGGAGCCAAAGAAUUUCUGGGAACCAAAGUUUUUAUUGGAAAUGGGAUUUCUGAAUUGAGUCGCAGUGAAAUCUUCAGUUCAAGUGGCUCACUCAAAGGAAUAGGUGUAAGAAUGACAGACCCAGUCUACCUUAGUCCUUCGUUGGACAAUGUGCUGUCCAGUUACUUGUUUUUGCAGAACUUGCCCUCUGCAGUUGUAAGCCAUGUUUUAAACCCUCAGCCAGGAGAGAGAAUUCUGGACAUGUGUGCUGCACCUGGGGGAAAAACAACCCAUCUUGCAAUAUUAAUGCAUGACCAGGGUGAAGUGAUAGCCAUGGACAAGAUAGCUAACAAAGUCAAAAAAAUCAAGCAGAAUGCAGCAUUGUUGCAGCUGAAUUGUAUUAAAGCAUUUUGCUGUGAUGGAACUAAGGCACUUGCCAUUGGGAAGAAAGAAGAUGGACAAGAAGGCCCUCCAUUCUCAGCAGAGUCAUUUGAUCGAAUUCUUCUUGAUGUUCCUUGUAGUGGGAUGGGACAGAGACCAAAUAUGGCCUAUUUCUGGACUCUAAAAGAAGUGACGUCUUAUCAGCCAUUGCAACGCAAGCUUUUCAGCAUGGCAGUGAAAUUGCUGAAGCCAGGGGGCACUUUGGUGUAUAGUACAUGUACAAUUACACUGUCUGAAAAUGAGGAGCAGGUCGCCUGGGCCCUGGAAACUUUUCCCUGCCUCCAGCUUCAGUCACAGGAACCACGUAUUGGAGGAGAAGGCAUGAUGGGAGCUGGAUUGUCACUUGAUCAGCUGAAGCUGCUGCAGAGGUUUGAUCCAUCCAGUGUGACGUCACGUGGAAUGGAUAUUAACUCUUUGCAGGAUUCCAGGGAAGAAGACCUGAUCUUGCUGGCAAAUAAAGACUGUAUAGGAUUUUUUAUUGCAAAAUUUAUUAAAUUAAACAGCAAAUAGACAUUUAGCAACACAACCUGAAAAA